UCGAUUUGUCGUUAACUUGAAGUUAAACUGAAUUAGUUUUGUUAAAAAUGGAGGAAACUCAGGAGGAGUCUGGGCCCGCCAUCACAAAAUGCUGCAACAACAUGAAUAAUUUCCGCAGCUGCGUUGUCCAGAACAUAUUCAUGGUCUCCAGUCUGCUGUCUGUCGCUCUGGGGAUCCUUUUUGGCCUGAUUGCCAAAGCCUGCUUCACUCUGUCAGAGCGGGAAGAGUUCUACAUCGGCUUUCCGGGAGAAGUUCUCAUCAAUCUGCUUAAGUUGGUUACGGUACCUCUCAUUGUGACCAGUGUGAUAACAGGAGUCUCUGCUCUGAGUGUUGGCACCUCCAGGAAGAUAGCCAUGCGUGCGGCAGUGUACUUUGUCUCCACGACUUUUGUGUCUGUGACUAUAGGACUGAUACUGGUCCUGCUGAUGAAGCCCGGAGCUGCUUACACCAUCAGCAAAAGCAAGGCAGAAGACGCGAAAAGUUUCACCACCGUGGACGCCUUGUUGGAUCUCGUGAGGAACAUGAUACCGCAGAAUCUGAUCCAGGCUUGCUUCCAACAGUACAAGACGGAAAGGCUGGAGUUUGGAGUGCACACAGUUGACCCAAAUUCCAGUGCGGACACGAACGUCACCGAGGUGCAACUGGUGGGUCACUACGUUGAUGGAGUCAACACGCUGGGCCUGAUUGUGUACUCCUUCCUCUUCGGACUGACCCUGAAGUGGAUGGGAGAAAGAGGGGAAACCCUUGCGUACUUCUUCAUCAUUCUCAACGAGAUGACCAAAAACGUGGUCAACUGGAUUUUGUGCUACCUGCCGGUGGGAGUUCUGUUCAUGAUUGCGAGCCACGUCAUCAAGGUUCACGACUGGGAAACCACCUACAAACUGGGGAAGUUCAUGGCGGUGGUUGUUAUUGGGCUCAUAAUCCACGCAGUAUUAGUUCUACCAACGCUUUAUCUUCUGUGCGUGAGACGCAACCCAUGGGGCAUCAUUAAGGGAGUUUCUCCUGCCUUACUGACCGCAGUGCUCAUCUCGUCCAGCUCCGCCACGCUGCCGAUCACCUUCCGAUGCUGCGAGGAGAAAAACAAGGUCGACUGCAGGAUCAGCCGCUUCAUGCUGCCCAUCGGGACCAACAUCAACAUGGACGGGACGGUCCUUUACGAGGUGGUCGCAGUGGUUUUCAUCGCCCAACUCAACAACAUCAAUCUGAACAUGAGCCAGAUAACCACCAUCGUUUUGACAGCAGCAGUCUCCAGUACAGGAGCCGCAGGGAUCCCGGCGACAGGAGCGGUGACCACCCUCUUUGUUCUGUCUGCAGUCGGUUUACCUGCAAAGGAAGCGUCCAUCUUGGUGGUUGUAGAAUGGCUGCUAGACCGCUGCAACACUGUCGUCAACGUUUUGAGCGACUGCAUCGGCGUGGCGCUCGUCGACCAAAUGUCCCAAAAGGAACUGGCGCAAAUGGAGGAACAUCAGAAUCGGACGAGGUGACGGCCCGGAUGGUUUAAUACAAUACUCAAUACUCGGAUAAAGGAGGGAAAGGUUGACGGAGC